AUGUUAUGGGUAGAUAAAUAUAAACCAACUUCACUUGAUCAUAUGGAUUAUCAUCCUGAUUUAUCACUUCAUUUAAAGAAUAUGAUUAAAUCAUCAGAUUUCCCUCAUUUAUUAGUAUAUGGACCAUCGGGAGCAGGUAAAAAGACAAGGAUUAUGGCAAUUCUUAAAGAGGUGUAUGGACCCAAUUGUCUAAAGUUAAAGAUUGAUCAUCGUACAUUUAAACAUCCAUCUACCAACAAGAAUCUUCAGGUGACUACGAUCAGUUCACCCUAUCAUAUAGAAAUCAAUGCUGGUGAGGCUGGCAGCAACGACAGAUUGAUUGUACAGAGUAUCAUCAAAGAGAUUGCUCAAUCACCUCCUAUCGACUCGUCAGUGUUUGGUGCUUUCAAGAUUGUUAUUCUCAACGAAGUCGAUAAACUUUCAAAGGAUGCUCAACAUGCUCUUCGUCGUACAAUGGAAAAAUAUGCUGCCUCUUGUAGACUUAUCCUUUGUUGUGAUAGUACAAGUAGAGUAAUUGAUCCAAUUCGUAGUAGAUGUCUUGGUAUUAGAGUUCCUGCUCCUUCAAUUGCUGAUGUACAAAAUGUUUUAAAUAUAGUAGCAACAAAAGAGAAAUUUGAAUUGCCAAAGAAAAUAUCAGAGGAAAUAGCAGUAAAGGCAAAAGGUAAUCUAAGAUAUGCAUUGUUAAUGUUGGAAGCAAAAAAGGCAAAACAAUAUCCCUUUGUUGAAGGAGUUCCAUUGUUGGAUUGGGAAAAUUAUAUUCAAGUCAUUGCAAGAGACAUCAUUAUGGAACAAACUCCUGCCAAGUUGAUGGCAGUCAGAGCUAAACUUUACGAACUCAUUGGUCAUUGUAUUCCACCCGAACUCAUCAUUAAAACUCUAACUCUUGAACUAUUGGAUAGUAUUGAUAAUUCCCUUAAAUGUGAAACUAUUCAUUGGGCUGCUUUUUAUGAACAUCGUAUACAAAUUGGAACAAAACCAAUAUUUCAUUUAGAAGCAUUCAUUGCUAAAUUUAUGAGUUGUUAUAAGAAAUUUAAUUCUGAACCAUUUGUAGCUCAAUAA